AUGACAUCACACGCGCGUCCAUGCAGGGCUCCAUCGUGCUUCAUCAGUAGCGAUCUUUUAUUGACUGGCCACGAAGAUGGGUCUGUUAUUAUAUGGCGCAUCGCCUGUGGUGGCUGCCUUCUUAAGCUCUGCACUCUACAGACAGCCGCCCUAUUUGAUGUCGAAUUUGCCGCCUCAGGUCUGGUAAGCACCCAGAAAGGCAUUUGUUGCCUUGACAGUUACAUCUUUCCUGUCACCCAAUGGUAUCAUUUUCUGUAA